AUGGACUUGAGCAUACCCUCUGGAUACGAUUCAUACUCGAACCGACUUGAUCCUCAUGAUGAAGUCGACAAUGGGCAUGUUGAAAAGGCAGCUCGUCUAAGUUCCGACGAACAAACUCUUCUCAAGCAGCGCCGGGCAGCGCCAAAGUCCAAAGGAGGUGCUCUGGAUAGCAUCCGCCUCGCCUUGCGAGUUCUCAUUCUACUGGUCAAUCUGAGCAUUCUUGGGUUACUGGCACAUGGAGUUAAUGUUUGGCAAACAACACACAACUCUAUUGACAGAAACGAGGAUGGGUGGGUGAGGACUCGAUGGCCUUCCAUCAAAAUGCUCUCUACGUGGCUCAUGCUGGCCAUGGCCAUCUUUGCAUCCGUCGUUCAACUUGUCGCUCUCGUGACGCGUCUCAGUUUCUUCCGCUCGAUGCGCGAUGGAGCAGUACACAACGUCGCUGUCUUUGCCAGCUCCGGCAUUGUCAUUGCUGGCUGGAUCGCGGCAUCCGUUUACCUUAUCGUCGAUAAGGAAGUCCUUAAGAACAAUCACUGGGAUCUUUGGUCUUGGUCAUGCCAGAACAACACGCGACAAAGCUACAUACCUUGGGCGAAUUUGUGUACAGAGAUGACUUAUACCUAUGCUGCAAGUCUUGGUGUCAUGCUAUUGGAGAUCGUUACAUUGGUACUCUUUAUCUCCUCGUUGAGGGGUAUGAACAUCCUCGGCAAGUACAACAGGGCUAGUUCGAUCUAG